AUGUCUCGCCAGAUCCAACAACCAUCCAACCAAAUCAAGCUCACAAACGUCUCCCUCGUACGCCUCAAGAAGGGAAAGAAGCGCUUUGAGCUCGCCUGCUACAAGAACAAGGUCCUCGAGUGGCGAUCCGGGAUUGAGACAGAUCUCGAUAAUGUCCUCCAGAUCCCAAAUGUCUUCCUCAACGUGUCCAAGGGGCAAACAGCGCCUCGUGAGGAUCUCGACAAGGCCUUUGGCAAGGGCAAGUCUACCGACGACAUCAUCCUCGAGAUUUUAAAAAAGGGCGAGAUGCAAGUCGGCGAGAAAGAGCGCGCGGCGCAGACAGAGCGGGUGCACAACGAAGUUGUCAGCAUAGUUGCUAGCAAACUGGUCGAUCCGAGAACCAAGCGCGUCUACACUUCUGGCAUGAUCGAGAAGGCUCUCGACAUGCUCAGCUCACAGGCUCACACCGCGACACCAGACAAGAGCGCUGCCGGAAGUGCUGCCGGAACACCUGCGACUGGAGAAGCGGGCGAAGCUAAGCCCAGGGCCCAGCACAACUGGACCGGGGUAAGCACGACCAAGAGCGCAAAGAGCCAGGCCCUUGAAGCUAUGAAAGCCCUCAUCGCUCAUCAGCCCAUUCCAGUGGCGAGGGCACGCAUGAGACUUCGUAUCGCCUGUACCACCAACGUCCUCAAGCAAGCCGUGAAAGGAGCCAAGGGAGGCAACAAGGAAGAAGACGGCGAGCAAAAGGCUGUGGGGACAGUCAAGGAUAAGAUCCUCAGUUACGUUGAGCAAGUCGAGAGUCAAGAUGUCGUUGGUUCGGAAUGGGAAGUGGUAGGCUUUGUAGAACCUGGAGCCUUUAAGCCCCUAUCCGACUUUAUUGGCAAUGAGACCAAGGGGCAGGGAAGAGUCGAGGUUUUGGAUAUGGCUGUCACGCACGAGGAUUGA